UAUGUAAACUCGUAGAGGUUAUGUUAUGUGUCAUUGUUACGUUUAGUAUAGUAAAAUAAUAAAUAUAAGUUCAGUUUUCUAAAUUAUUUUAUGUAUUAACUACUAUAAUUUAGCAUAAACAUCUUAGUAAAUAUGCCUGCUAUCCCCGACAGAUGGAUCCCGUAUAAAGCUUGUGGAAAGGUUAUUGAAGGUACCAGAUUGAUAUGUUUUAAGGUACCACUUAGGAAGAAGGUCCAAGCGUGGAACAAGGAGAUUAAAGAAAUAUGGGACAUUCCAGCUCUACUUGAGAAAGUUCCAAAAUUGGGAGCAGUCAUUGAUUUGACUAACACAGCUCGAUAUUAUGAUCCUUCGGAAUUACAAGCAGCGGGUAUACUACACAAGAAAAUUUUAAUGCCAGGCCGAAUAAUACCUCCCGAGGGCAAAGUGACAGAAUUUAUGGAUACCGUUGACGAGUUCCUGGGAAAAGAUUGUGAAUUCCUGAUCGGUGUCCACUGCACGCACGGGUUGAAUCGCACCGGUUACAUGGUGUGCCGAUACAUGCGCGACCGCCUCGGGAUCCCUGCCAAGGACGCUAUUAAGAAGUUCGAAAAAGCUCGUGGGUAUCAAAUAGAGCGGGAGAACUAUGUAGCUGAUUUACUAGGUGAGAAGCCACCGCCGCCUGAUGUGGGGAAAGACACAAAAAUAAAACCGUUGAACUUCCGACAGACUACAUACAAACGUUCUCCAUUAGAGGAUGAUGAUGAUAUUAAUGAAGACCAAAGACAACGGGAUAAAUAUAACAGAUACAACAACAGAUAUACAAGUAGUAGAAAUGACAAUGACCGGUACAACAAUAGACGAAGACAUACUGAUAACUUUUACCGUAGGGAUAGGUCUGAUAAUGAUACCGUCUGGCGGAGAAGACCAGAUUCAGAAAGUACCUCUCGUGAUUAUAGACGCGAUUGAUUAAAAAUAGUCAUUUUGAGGUCUGUAUAUACUUUUAUAUUUAUCUUUACUUUUAUAUUUGUUUUGAAUACGUUUUUUGUAAUGAUUGUCCGUAUGUCUGAGAUGAGUGUCCUUAUGAUCUUCACUGGGGGGUUAAGUUGUAAAUUUUGCCAGCAAUGUUUUGCCCCGAAGUAUUUGUCAUAAUACCAUUUCCUGUAGUGGUUGUGUUGUACGAGUUUAGUAUGUAUAAAAUAAUGAGUUUUCUGUCUUUCAUCCCGAGUAUUCAUAGACUUAGGUUUUGUGUCUAUAUAAAUAGAUGCGAUAUGAACUUAAUCGUCUACAAUAGAAAGUACAUAUAACUAUUAAAGGUUGUCAACGUUUUACAAAAUUAGGUAAUUCAUGAUUGCUAGUCAAAUUUGUGUCAUUUUGACUUGCUCAUGAAAAUGUGAUUUUAAAUGAGACUUUCCUUGUAUAUACAAUUUUGUCAAUAUAUUUAUAGGUGGAAAAUAGAUCUUUCUAGACUGUAAAUGUACAUUGACAAAAUAAGCGUAAAAUGUCUCGAUUUCAUAAAAAACUGAUAAAUAAGGUAGUAAGCAUUCUGAAUUAAUUAUUAUGAUUUCGGCUUACUUACGUAACUGUUUGACGAGUUACUCGACUAGUUUCAAGCCAUGGUAGAGGCUCAUAUUCAUGAGUAGCAUUCCGCAACACCCAACGCGACGACUGACUUAAACAAACCCGUCAAACAGUUACAUGAGUAAGCCGAAAACAUAAUAAAUAAUUGAGUACGUCUCACGAAAGUUGUAAAAGUAACCAUUCUGAUUAUUGAUUACCAUUCUUAGUUAACAAUAUGAAAACUUUUUUAAAUAAAUUUAUGUAAACGUCAUAACUUCAAACGUUCUUUUGUUUGGAAUCUUUUUACCUAUAAUUUAGACCAUUUUAACAUCAAAUAUUUAGUACGUUACACGUGUAGUGUAUGGCAAAUUAUCAAUAGAAAUGGCAAUGGUCGAUUCUGCGGAGGUUGCGAGUUAGGCAAGUCAUAUCCAGUCACCAAAUCCUUAGCAGGAGCCGGAAUAGGAACGGGGUGGUUUUUAGUUAGUCGGAGUCUGAAACUCCCUCUCGCCCCACGCAGGGCGGGCUCUUCCCGCCAAUUCAAUUGAUAAUUUUCCAUCUAUAAAAAUCAGUAUUUGGUAACUACCACCAAGAACAAGUCUAACCUAAUGUAUUAAAGAUGGUCAUUAUGUCACAGUUCAGAGUGAGACAGAUCAAGAUAUUCAUGUGAACAAGACUUGUUAUAGUCAAAUUGGUGAGAUCACGUAUUCAGAACAUGGUUUCGAUCUUAUCAGUCUGCUUUGAAGAUUGGGUGCUGCUGACAAGUGCAUGUGAUGCUUUUCAUUCAUGCUGACACAUCUGUCAAGUAUUCUCGGAUAUUUUAAAAUGAGUCAGUUAUAACCGGUUUUAGGUGAUUUUAGGUCUUGAGCGGUCUCGUAGAUUCAUCUAAUAUUUUAUACAAUUUGUAGAGUAAUCAACGUUCAGCAAUAUCGGACUUUAGCGUGUUUGGAAACGGCUAUUUCAACGUUCGUCGUUGAAAUAAACUGUUUAUAAUUCAUUAAUUGAAGAAUAUGAAGAAUAUGAGAAUUAUGGGUUUUUGAAUUGUUGAAUUGGAUGCAGAUAUAAUUGGGAUAUCUUUAUCUAUUUCAAUAAAAAAAACCUUCAUCGUAGUACCUAAUUUACAUAAUUGACAAAGAAAAAGCUAACCGAUUGCAUCAAAGAGUUUUAAGAAAACUGCUGUAAUUGUUAAUGUCGUGGAGCAAUGCAAUAAUGUAGAUUUCCCCUCCAUUUGAUCCGAUGCCCUUAAGAUUACCUUUGUUUACGAAAUGUUUCGUGAAAGAAUUUUCUACAAUAUGUUUUCGGAUAAUUUGUACCGAAAUUUUAUUGCCCUUUGUGACAUCUCCGACCGUAAAUGUUGAUGCGAUCUUCGAAUCUGCACUUUGUUCUCUCGUUCUUGAAUUACUACUUAAUAAGAGGCAGAGAUAUUUUUUUCCUUUAUAUAAAGUAAAAGACUUUAUAUGUUGGAUAAGCGAUUCGGUUAAGCCUACUGGAGGCAGUUUAUAGUUGGACAAGUGAUGUAGGUAUAUGAUGAUGAAUCGUUGCAGUAAAUAUUCAGAGACAUAACUUACUGACAUAACUUGCUUAAAAUUCCCCCAUUGUAAAAAAAAACACUGGAAUGCCAAUAGUCUGUUCCAUAAACAGUAACCUAAAGCAGAAAAUUAAGUUGCUAAUACUUUGUCAACUUCAGCAAGUAUAAAUCAAUGGAUAGAUGAGACAGAUAGUGCGAAGUGCGGAUAGUUCGGUGUGACAGGGAUCUAUUUCUAUGAAACAGAGUAUUUUAUGUUACAGAAAACUGAAUUAUGUGCCAGUGUUUGGUCGGUAACGUCCACAAAUAUAUUUCUGCGUUGCUUCAAGUAGUAGUAACGCUCGAGGUUGUCUCUGAUUUAUAUGUUGUCGAUAGGUUUGUUGCUUUCUCGAGUUGCCGGGUGCAGUUGCUUUUAUUGCUCUAUUGUUUGCCUCCUGGGCGUAGAUUACGAGUACUUCGAGUAAUUUACUUGUAACCACUGUGUAUUGUAACUAUCGGUUUCUAACGUUAGUGUUGUAAUGAAUUGCAAUACAUUCGCGUGUGGUAUGACCCACAGCAAUAAUUUAAGAUGAGCGAUUGCUGUGAAGAAAUUUUAUGUUCUGUUUGUGUCUAGAAUUGUAGUCUGACAAAUUGUGAGUGGUUAGACUUAGCGUUUGUUUAGCAUUCGGCGCGGUUAAAGAGAUUUCUCACGAUGUGUAUUGAGGAUCUGAAUCGUUAAAUGAGAAUACUGUUAUCCUUAUCUUACGACCCAAAAAGGACGUAAAUUACUGUCGCUUUGUUGGCUCCUAAUAAAAUGUAACAUCUUAACUCUUGUUAUCUUAUAUUUUUGUUUCGAAUCUUAACUACCUGGCUUCCGUCAGGGCGUAUUUCUUCAGAUCCUGCAUCUUGAGUGACGUGGACGACUAUUUAAUUUAUGUCCAUUACUGUGAGGCGUUUCAUUUUAAUGUGCUCGUUCAUUUGGGUGACAGCCGGUGACGCUCCGGGCGCCAUAUUGAUUGUUAUCUGCUAACCGACGCUUUCAAACAGUGACUGUAGGUCACUGAUAUUGUUUGGAUUUUUGAUUAAAUGGAAUUGAUACAG